GUCUAGGAUGUAGGCUAAUCCAUUGCUAGCAACCUGCCGCUGCUAGCUGCUGAUGUUUACUUUCAAUACAGCCGUCAUUUUUCAUCAAGGACAUUGUAAUCGCUAGCAAAAAUGAACUAACAUAGCCACCAAAGACCGCUUUCUCUUUUGUUUUGUGCACGCAGCACAUACCAACACAUUGGUGUUGGCGAACGGCGAGGAUUGCCUGGUGUUUAGCCGUGGCAUUUGCAUCUUUACAACUGGGAUUGCAGCCUGGCCUCUUGCCCGUGCUGCGAAAUUCAUUUCCACCAUUGUCCUUUACUUGAAAUCAUGUUUAUUUCACAACGAUGGCUGUGAGGGGGACCCUGUAAACUAAAUGACUGUCAGAAAUAUCGCCUCCAUUUGUAAUAUGGGCACCAAUGCCUCUGCCCUGGAAAAAGACAUUGGGCCAGAGCAGUUCCCCAUUAAUGAACACUACUUUGGAUUGGUCAAUUUUGGGAACACGUGUUACUGUAACUCGGUGCUGCAGGCGCUGUACUUCUGCCGGCCGUUCCGGGAGAACGUGCUGGCGUACAAGGCCCAGCAGAAGAAGAAGGAGAACCUGCUCACCUGUCUGGCCGACCUCUUCCACAGCAUCGCCACGCAGAAGAAGAAGGUGGGCGUCAUCCCGCCCAAGAAGUUCAUCUCGCGCCUGCGCAAGGAAAAUGACCUGUUUGAUAACUACAUGCAGCAGGACGCGCAUGAGUUCCUGAACUACCUGCUGAACACCGUGGCCGACAUCCUGCAGGAGGAGAAGAAACAGGAGAAGCAGAACGGACGCCUGAAGAACAACGGCACGACCGCCAUCACCGGCGACAACACCGUCAACGCGGCCGACGCCGACAACAAGGCCGAGCCCACGUGGGUGCAUGACAUCUUCCAGGGCACACUGACCAACGAGACGCGCUGCCUCAACUGCGAGACGGUCAGCAGCAAGGAUGAGGACUUCCUUGAUCUGUCUGUGGACGUGGAGCAGAACACGUCAAUAACACACUGCCUCAGGGACUUCAGUAAUACAGAGACUCUGUGCAGUGAGUAUAAAUACUACUGUGAAACAUGCUGCAGCAAACAGGAGGCCCAGAAAAGGAUGCGGGUGAAGAAGCUGCCCAUGAUCCUGGCCCUGCACCUGAAGCGCUUUAAGUACAUGGAGCAGCUGCACCGCUACACCAAGCUGUCCUACCGCGUGGUCUUCCCCCUGGAGCUGCGCCUCUUCAACACCUCCGGUGACGCCAUCAACCUCGACCGCAUGUACGACCUGGUGGCCGUGGUGGUCCAUUGCGGCAGUGGGCCGAACAGAGGACAUUACAUCACCAUAGUGAAGAGCCACGGCUUCUGGCUGCUGUUUGAUGACGACAUAGUGGAGAAAAUCGAUGCACAGGCCAUCGAGGAAUUCUACGGCUUGACUUCUGACAUUUCCAAGAAUUCCGAGUCUGGAUAUAUUCUCUUCUACCAGUCCAGGGAAUAACAAACAAAAGAGGAAGAAAGGAAGACAGAGAGAGAGAUAGAGAGAGCGAGAGAUAGAGAGAUAGAGAGAGCGAGAGAGAGAGAGCACACAGAGGGAGGGAGGGGAAAGGAACAUAAACAAGUUGACUUGGAACCCCUUAAACCUAACCCCCAAACGCUGCCCCCCCCCAUACACACACACACACACACACACACACACACACACACACACACACACACACACACACACACACACACACACACACACUCCUCUCCUCAGUGCCUCUCCCCCCAAAAAACUGUGUGCCAGUAACCCAGCCAUUUCUUCCCUCUCAGUCUGCCAACACUACAUUUCACUCUUUCUUUCUCUUAGAAACUGCAUUUCACCUGCAUUUGAAUGGCACUUUAGAACAAAUAUCAAAAGACAAAGAAAGGGAUUUGGGUGUGGAGAAAACUGACAACUGAAGCUCCCACUAUUCAGCUAUCUAUGAGGAGGGACUCUGACUGCCCAGUGCCCAAAUAUGGACAUCUCUCUCACCGGUACCGGGGGUGUGGUCUCGUUGCUUGGGCCUCUCUUCCACAGUAGAGGAAACUUAGCAAGAAAUCUCAAUUUCUAUAUUUAUGUAUAGUGUGUGUACGUGUGUGCCUGAUGAGCAGAGUUCAUGUGCAUUUCCAUGUGAAUCAAAUGAACUCUGAUACUAAUUGGCAAGGUGCCUGGCCUUUGUUCUGUCUCAGUGUGUGUGUGUUUAUGUGUGUGAGUGAGUGUGUUUGAAGUGAUGUUAAGCAGAGCGGUGCUGAUCCCUUCCCAGAGGCUUUGUGUGUGUAUGUCUGUGUGUGUGUGUGUGUGUGUGUUUGAUUUCUCGUUGACUAUAUAGAAGGGACUUGAAAGUACUGUCAAAGGCCUAGUGUUUAACAUAUCAAUAACUGUUUCUCUGUCUGGAAAGGGGACAGUGAAAACCAGACUUUGUGGUAAAAUAGGUAUUGUGUGUGUGUGUGUGUGUAUGUGUCUGUGUGUUUGUGUGUGUGUAAGCACACAGAAGCCUGUACCAGUAUGCAAGAUGGUGUCCUGCAGGACCUUGCACAUAUUUGUGUGCUAAAUGCACAGGUGUCGUCACGUGGAGCUGAGCUUAUAUUGCAAAGUGCUGAAGUCUGGGAGCUUGUUUUGAUAGGCGUCGGCCGUGCUCGGAGAGUCUCUUAAUGGCUCCUGUGUCGAGUUGGCCGUGUUCUGGCUCGUCAUGUCACACCAUCACGUCACACCAUCACAGGGUGGAAUUUGCCAUAGGAACAGUGGAGGAGUUGAAGCUGCAGGUGAUGGAUGUGAUGGAUGGAUACAGUGGAGUUGAAUGGAGUUGGUGUUGAACUGGGAAAACACCGUAUCUUUACCCAGUGGAUUUUGUCGUCUUGCUCAGAAAAGCACAUGACUGUUUCUGCGCUCUGAUAUUUGAAUAGCUGCAUGUUUGUAGAUCUCUUUGUUAUGCCAUCUCAAUAGAUGAGACCUUGCAGCUUUUGCAACCAUCCAGCCGCCCCUAAGUGUUUACACUGGGGAAUUCAAGGUUUUUUUUUCCCCUUCUGAAUGCCAUAGAGACGCACAGAUCUGUUGAAGGAGAGCAGCCUUGGAUCCCUUCUGUACAGAAGAUUGGUACAGGUUUGUGUGACUCCAAUGAACUUCUAGCAAAGUUUUUGAGAGAGAGAGAGAAGAGAGGUAGAGAGAGGGAGAGCGAGAGUAAGGGAGUAUGGAGGGAAGGAAAGGAGGGAAGGAGAAAGAGGGAGAUAGCAAGGCCAGCCUGUCACUCAGCAGUGAUGACAAAAGAGGCUCUAAUGUAAUCUCGUCUUUUUCUAACCGAGCUGUUGUGGUCCACAGUCGUCUCGCAUCCUUUCUCCAGCUUGCUUUGUUAAAUUGCUUGUUUCAUUCCAGAUACUGGCACUAUUUGUCUCUGUGACCAUGUGUUUCCUGUCUAGCCAUAGGGCCCCUCACUUUGACAAGAAAUGAAGAAACAGUCGGCUUUCUUUGGCUGAGCAGCUGUAUCAAACACUGAUGUAUCGUCUGCGGCGUUGCAGUGCCGUGGCGGCGAGUUUUACAGCUGCUCCUGCUUUGUUAUUGGCUUAGGUGUUGACUGCAGUCUUCUGGGUCUGGUUCUGGGGAAAUAUCUGUCCUUCCUCUGCAGUGUGUGACGCAUUGAAGUCUCUGGCUGUGUGGAGUUCACUGAUAUAUUAUUAUUGUGUUGUUGUGAUGUGGGGUGUGCCCCCACCCUCCCAUUGCAACUGUUUGUUAACAUGACACAUCUCCUAAGAUCUCAUUUAAUGAUUUGCCCUAAUUAUAGGUAGCAGGAUUGCCGUGUGAGUGUUUAAGUUUGUUUGUGUGUGUGUGUGUGUGUGUGUGAGAGAGAGAGAGAGAGUGUGUGGAUUAUGUUUGUGUAUAUAACCCCUUCAUGGUGUCGUGUCAACACCACACAUGGACACAUCUUAACUCCAGACAGAAGCAUCGUUAAAAGCCUUAGUUCCAUUCAGGCUUGCCUUUUCUAGUCCUCGACAGAUUUGUCCCCCAGCAGAGAGGCAGGUGCCUGGGCAGAGAUUAGGAGGGGGGUGGGGGUAAAGGUGAGCUCUUAUCACACAACUUCCCAGCAGUGGACAUCCAUUGAUUCUGCUUCUCAUUCUCCAGUACUGAGCUCCGCUUAGAGAGGGUUACAUCACUCUCUGACAGAGAGAGAGAGACAGAGACGAUGUGUGUGUUUGUGUGUUUAGAAGUGUUACUUAAGUCUGCAGACAUGCUGAAGGCAUUCCAUGCCUGCAGUGGUGAAAGUAUGACCAGUAUGUAAACUUACGUGAAUGCAUUUAAUCUUUAACAAUGAAAAGGUGUGUGUGUGUGCGUGUGUGUGCGUGUGCAAGUGUGUGUGUGUGUGCGCGCAAGUGUGUGUGUGUGUGUGUGCGAGUGUGUGUGUGUGUGUGUGUAUGCGAGUGUGUGUGUGUGUGUUUGUGUGUGGUAGAAAGGGGAAUGGAGGUUCAACUCCAUAUCAUGGUGCAAUAAAGUAACAGUGAUCAUACCACAUAUUGGUAUGAACAUUUUUUCGAGUGAUUAGAUUAAAAUCACAUUUUGUGAUGAUGCUAACCUUCUGGUUAGUUAAUGUAGUACUCACAAAAAAAAAACCUACACCCAUUGUUGUGUAGUUUCCCUUGUUGCGUUGUCUUUGUUUGAUGUGCUUUAUGUCAUCUUACUUGAAACCAUUCCCUAUGGGAAACCUUGACAUAUGUUACUGCCAGCAACUAAAUUCAGCUAUUCUCACCGUGUAAGGUUUAUUUCAUAGGUAAUCAUUUUGUGCAUUGGAGAUGAAAAUGGGGUAACAUUAGUGUUUGGAAUGGUUGGUUCACAAGUCCCGUAAUGUCACCCUGACUCACUGUGAUGCUGGCAUAACUGAUGAUACCUCCCCCCUUUCAUUUGACCUUUUUACCUAGUUAUCUAUGCUUGAGCAAUUAUUAGUGUGUCUGCGUGUGCGUGUGUGUUCACCUGUGUGUUCACCUGUGUGUAUGUAAAGAGUGGGUACAAAAGCAAAUGUAGCUUCUGCUCGGUACCCAUGCGAUCGUGUAUCCUGAGUUGUCCCUCUGCAACUUGAAGUGGAACCACAUUCUUAUAAAGAUGUGCCAAAACUGGAAUAUAAUAACAACACUUACACAAGUGAGUACUGUGUGCACAUGGACAAGAACAGCUACCACAACUGGAAUAGUGGAGAGACUCACAUGCAAACUCUUCUAGAAGAAUUCCAUGAUGAACACUAUGUUACCUGCUAACAUACCUUUGUACAUAGGUACAACGUAGAAAUAUCUGCUAGGACUUUGAAAUCGAUAUCUAUAUUUUUGAAGAAAAAAAAAGUGAAGGUUAUACAAAAAAGAUCUAUUGUGAAGAUGGAAGAAAUGAUCAAAUAAAUGCAAUGCUCACUAGAAGUUUUCAACCUGGUUGGUCAGUCCCAUUUCUGUAUCAGUUCCACAUAUGAGUGAAACUUUUUUUUUUUGUCUGGUCUCGGAAAAGACAGCUGUGAAUUCAAUGGCUUUGUCUGUCAAAACACAACCCCCUACCCAACCCCACCCCACCCCAACACACACACACACACACACACACACACAUACGUACAUACAUAAUUGUUGCAUCAUCAAGGUCUUACCAUGAUUAUCUUUGUUAUAUUUUUGUAAAUAUUCCAUUUUUAAAAUGUGCAUACAGACCAAUGUACGAAAGAAGUUCUGUUAAUCACACAUUGUGUGUAAGUUUGUGCUUAUGUUGGUCCCCAUUGAGAUUUUUUAUUUUUAAGUCUGUGGUCUGACUUUGUUCACCAUAGGCGAGUGCGCGUGCGCGUGUGUGUGCGUGUGUGCGUGCGUGCGUGCGUGUUCUUCUAGGUGGGUGGUUAAGGGGCUGACACUAGUGGAACUGUAAGUGCACUUUUCUAGCGCAGAAUUAAAAUGCUUUAAUAAGAGCUGUGGAGUAACUGAGAUUUGAGUGUUUUUUUUCCCCUCUGGUUUCUCAAUAAACAUAAGAAAUCAGG